GGGCAGCGGCUGCGCUGUGAGGCAGCGGGCGGGACCGCGGGCGGAGGUGCCGCGUCAAGACCUCCGGAAGAGGCCAGUGCCCUCGCUGGGAAUCCGGACAUGUGCUGAGAGAGGCCUCCAGGGCUCAGCUUGGACUCGGACAUCGUAGGUGUGCCUGAAGAGCUUACUCUCUCCUCACAGCCCCUCUGAAGCUCUUGAAUCAUGGCAAGUCCAAGAACAAGGAAAGUUCUCAAGGAGGUCAGAGUGCAAGAUGAGAACAAUGUCUGUUUUGAAUGUGGUGCAUUUAACCCCCAAUGGGUGAGUGUGACCUAUGGAAUUUGGAUCUGUCUUGAGUGCUCAGGAAAACACCGAGGCUUGGGAGUUCACCUCAGUUUUGUACGUUCUGUAACCAUGGACAAAUGGAAGGAUCUCGAGUUGGAGAAAAUGAAGGCUGGAGGCAACAGGAAAUUUAGAGAGUUCUUGGAGUCUCAAGAUGAUUAUGAUCCCUGCUGGUCAAUGCAGGAGAAGUACAACAGCAAAGCUGCAGCUCUUUUUAGAGAUCAGGUAGCUACAGUAGCUGAAGGCAAGGAGUGGUCCAUUGAAACAUCACCUGCCAGGAACUGGACCCCACCUCAGCCCAAAACAUCUUUCUCUUCUGCUCAUCGUAGCUCUGCUGGACAAUCUCAGACUGCAACUGCCUCUUCUGACAAGGCUUUUGAGGACUGGUUAAAUGAUGAUGUCAACUCCUACCAAGGUGGCCAAGAGAAUCGCUAUGUGGGGUUUGGAAACACAGUAAACCCUCCAAAAAAGGAGGAUGACUUCCUGAAUAAUGCCAUGUCUUCAUUGUACUCGGGAUGGAGCAGUUUUACAACUGGAGCAAGCAAAAUUGCCUCAGCUGCUAAAGAGGGUGCUAGCAGAUUUGGAUCUCAAGCAAGUCAAAAGUUUUGGGGCUACAAGCAGCAGCCAGAGCCGGCAUCAGAGUUAGGUCAGACAUUAAAUGAAAAUGUUCUCAAACCUGCACAGGAAAAGGUGAAAGAGGGGAAAAUAUUUGAGGAGGUCACCGUGGGGGUGUCUCAGCUGGCCAGCAAGGUUCAGGGAGUUGGAAGUAAGGGAUGGCGAGAUGUCACCACCUUUUUCACUUGCAAACCAGAUGAGAAUUCUGAAAGAAGACCAGCUGAGGGAGACAGCUACCAGAACAGUGGAGGGGAGGGCUACCAGAACAGUACUAUAGAUCCAAGCUUCUGGGAGGCCUUUGGCAACUCAGAUGCACCAAAAGCUCAUAAGUCUCCAAGCAGUGAGAGCUGGACCUAUGUGGACAAUUCCACAGAGAAGAAGAGCUCCGACAGCUGGGACGUGUGGGGUUCAGGAACAGUCUCCAACAACAAGAACAGUAACAGCGACCGCUGGGAGGAUUGGUAAAUCAACUGAGAGAACACAGGAGGGGAGAGCGAGACCAAAAAAACUCCCAAGGCAACAAAAAAGUCUUCAGCUGACAAUGGGUGGGAUAACCAGAACUGGUAUAACUCUGCUAACCCUGUUUUGCACAGCUAGUAAGGGAAGGCUUAUGCUGGGUGAUGGAGGGGAGAGAGUUUUACAUGCACCUGGAGUAUCAUGGUUGACCUUAUUGAUCUGUUACUUUUGUGCUUUCCAUUCAUUCUCUUUUCUUCUGUCCUGGUUUAGGAAAGAAAAAAAAAAGUAGCAUCUGAAUCUGUCAUUACCUAAAGGUGGCUCUCCCUGUUGUAAAAGCUAGAGGAAAACUAUGUUCUCCUUGCACUAUUGAAGCUGGGUUCAGAUGUUGAAAGGAAAAAUACCAGUGCAAGCACACUUUGAUGGCACAACCUUGCAUGUGCAGGCUCCUAGGUACUCAUCCAGCCCUCAUGGAAUUUGAGAUGACCUGAGGUGCUUAAUGCAAACAAAGGACAGGGUUGUCCUUUAUGCAGCCAUUCAAUAAGCAAAUUGCAGCUGAAUAGGUUUAGUUCCAAUGCCUUAUAGAUUGCUCUGGCAAUUUAAGAUGGUCUUGAAGAUGUUGGUUCUUUUUUUAUCAGAGCUUUGGUUUUAAACUUUGACAUUUUGGUUUUAGUCUUUUAAGAGUUACUUUCUCUCUUUAGAAUUAAUAAUUAUCUAGAUUCCUUAUUUGUGUAAGCUCCUAGUUUGGACCUGGGAGAUCCAGUGUGGCUCUACCUUGCCCCUCUUGCUCGCUGGGUUAAGUUUUAAGUGCAGUUCUACACAGAGCUGUGGUGUUCUCCGGCCUUCCUUGUGACCUUACCCCAGUUUGAGUGUUUGCUACAGUCUGUUUUUUCUCUGCCUUUCUUCCUUCUGCCCAUCUAUUAUAUCUGUUCUGAUACAACUGAAAUCUUUUCCCCACUUCUGGCUUUUUGUGCAUUUCUCUGGCAACUUGACAGUGAAACAAAUUUAUGGAAGAGAUCCCAGUAAGGAAAACUGAAUGAAAAACAUGAGAAUAUUGAGGAGAGAGGCUGGCAGCAGGCUCCUUUCAAGAUGAGUAAAUGUCUGGGUUUGAUAGUCUUAUUUAAAUUAAAUAGAUGUUUUCCAAAUCAAUCUUUAAUUAUGUCAAACUGUACCUGUUUCUAUCAUGUUUUUCUCCAUUCUCUUUCUGGAUCUUGUUAGAGAAACACUGUUUUGGAAGCUUUAGCUUGUCAGCAUUGAGGAAUGGAAUUGAAGAUCCACUUCUAUCUCAGUUUUGACCCAGCAAAUUGCUUUACAUGGCACAGAUCUUACAUUCUGCAGAAGAACUGUGGCUUUAACCACAAAGGUGUCCUUUAGAUCCUGUUUUGUUUUGGGGAGUGGGUUGUAAAUGUACACUCAGCCCAAACCAAAUCAGCUCAGUUGCAAACUUCAAGAUGUUGUUUUACUACCAGCAUGUAUCUAUACUGUGGUCUCUAUAAAUCUUAAUAUAUACCUAAAAGGCCUUUUUUAAAUGAGUUGAUGUGAUCAAACAACCUAAGGUGUCAAAGUUACCUUCAUUUAUUUUGUCUUCACAGAGUUAGAGUACUAUUAAGAUGUUAAAGAGGAAGGAAAACCAUGAAAUCAUGAAUCCCCUCCAAAGUAGCAGAUUUUAAAGGCUCAAGUCUAAGUAGAAGCAGCUCUGUUUGUUGCCUGAUUCUGCAUUUCUAUCAGUAGGAUCUUUCUGGUGGUGAACAAUGUUUUUUUUUUCUAGUCUUCUUUAGCCUUGUCCUGUAAGAGUUGAGAUUUCUUUUAUCCCCAUGCAUCUCCUGGCAGCACAGACCUGGUGCUGUCAGGACCCAAGCACUGCUCCAGGCUGAGCCACGCCAAGGCUUUCCUGCUGGCAUGCUGCCCCUUGGCACCAGAGAUCUCAUUUUACAGUACUGCUUGUGGUACCACGGGCAGAUGUUUACAGCCUGGCUGUCGGGGGUGGUUCUGCUGCUUCUGCAGUUGCAGACAGACCUGGGCCAUAGCUCAACUGCAUGUCAAACCUGGCUUUGUGAUGUUCUGCCUACACCUCUGUUGCCUACGUGUCGUUUGUCUGCUGCCCGGUAGGAAGCUGUAGUGCAUGUACAAUGCUGUGCCAUGUGUGAGUGGCACUGCCCAGCCCUUGACUGACACUUAGUCCUUGUGUCACCUUGUGAUGACAGCAAAAUGCAUCUGAUAGGUUCCACUGUCUGACUGCUGGUGUCUGUCUGGAGCAACAUGAAGCUGAUUUAGCUUCCCUCGUACAAUUUUAUUACAGUUUCUCUCUCACAAACCUCCUGGAGUAGCUGCUAGCAGGAUAAGCUUCAUUUCAAUCCAUUCAAUCAACACUACUGUGAUGUGUACCUGAAUGUUCUCCUCAGCUCUGUGGUUUGCCUAGGAGGAAACUGGUUUAGUUCUGUAUCACUCACAGCUACAAUUGGUAUGAGCCAUUUGUUUGUUCUUCUGGUUUUAUUUUUGUAUCUCUGGAAACUUUUAUGUUUUAAAAUAAAAGAGACAGAGCCCUGCUAAGGCAGAAA